CAAAAUUUUCAAUGGUUUUUUCAGAUACUCUACUAGCAAAUAUGGCCAAAGAUUACUAUAAAAUUCUCGGUGUAGCAAAAGGUGCGAGUGAUGACGAGAUCAAGAAAGCCUAUCGUAAGAUGGCGCUCAAAUAUCAUCCAGACAAAAACAAGGAGCCUGGAGCAGAGAACAAAUUCAAGGAGAUCGCAGAAGCUUACGAUGUUCUCUCUGAUCCAAAGAAGAAGGAAAUCUAUGACAAAUACGGCGAGGAUGGUCUUAAGAAUGGCGGACCCGACAUGGGCGGUGGACCAGGUGGAUUCCAUUACGAGUUCCAAGGAGAUCCAAUGCGCAUGUUCACACAAUUCUUCGGAACUGAUGAUCCGUUCAGUGGCAUAUUUGGAAUGGGUGGAGGACAUGGUCAAAAUAUAUUCUUCAAUAUGGCUAGCGGCGGUAUGGAUGAUAUGAAUGGUUUUACAUCAUUCGGUGGAAUGCCUCAUGGUCAUAGGAGAGCAGCUCCAAAACAAGAUCCUACUGUACAGCAUGAGUUACAAGUCAGUCUGGAGGAUAUCUAUCAUGGUUGCACCAAAAAGAUGAAGAUUACGAGGAAAGUACUGAAUGCCGACGGUCACUCCACCAGAGUAGAGGAUAAAGUAUUAACGAUCAAUAUCAAACCGGGAUGGAAGAGUGGAACAAAGAUAACAUUCCCCAAAGAAGGUGAUCAGCAUCCUGGUCGUGUUCCAGCAGACAUUGUCUUUGUUAUCAAGGACAAACCACACAAAAUCUUCAAGCGAGAGGCCUGUGAUAUCCGAUAUAUUCAUCGUAUAUCACUACGUGAUGCACUUUGUGGAUGUACUGUUGAAGUGCCCACUCUCACCGGUCCAUCAACUACGUUAAGGCUUGACAGCAUCAAGCCAAAUACAGUGAGAAGAAUCACCGGUAAAGGCCUGCCGAAUCCGAAAGCUCCUGGUCAUUACGGUGACUUGAUCGUUCAGUUCGAAGUAGAAUUUCCGUCAAAACCGAUCACCGACCCAAUGCAACGCGAACAGUUGAUGAGAAUUCUUCCACCGUUGUCUCACGCCUAAAUUCAACAGGUCGUCCAUUCCUGGUGUUUGAGACAUUCAUUUUCCCUUUACAUCUGUUUCUACGAACUUCUGUAUGACUUUCUGUUCGAAGAUUUUAGUUUGAAAUGCAUUUUCUUUGCCCCGUUGUUCAUACUUAUAUACGAUUUAAUUGUAUUCCCGCAUGUAUUCCGAGAUUUUUUUGUAUCUUUCAAUACUGAUUAUCUGUCUAGGUGUUCACGGAACUACGUUUAAGUAAUCGGCGCGCUUCACUAUUGCGGGUAUACCAAAUACAGCAUAGGUUCUUGUGAUGUGCUCGUAUAUUAUUCGUUUUGCCACCCCGUUCUUUGACUGUACCAUUAUCGCCUACGUUUUCCUAUCUAGAGCUUGUUAUGUAGUAUUUUCCUUAACUAACGUAUUAGAAGAUGUCGUUCUAACGUUUUGCUU